AUGUGGGAGUUUUACCUGAUAUCUCUUCCCCUCACAAUGGGAAUGGUGCUAUUGACGCUCCGGUACUUCGCCGGACCUUCCGUACCUCUCUACGUCCUCUUCACCGUCGGAUACACCUGGUUCGUUUCCCUCUCUAUCAUCAUCCUCGUCCCCGCUGACAUCUGGCUGACAAUAUCUUCCCUUUCGGAUAAUGGAGGCAUUUCUUUCUUUUGGAGUUGGUCGUAUUGGAGCACGUUUUUACUUACUUGGGCUGUCGUGCCCCUUAUUCAGGGUUUUGAAGAUGCCGGUGACUUCACUGUAUCAGAAAGAUUGAAGACUAGCAUACAUGUUAACUUGGUCUUUUAUCUAAUUUUGGGAUCCAUUGGCCUUAUUGGACUUAUUCUUCUCAUUAUGAUGCAGAGGCACUGGAGUGGAAGUAUUUUGGGAUUUGCCAUGGCUUGCUCAAAUACUUUCGGACUAGUUACCGGUGCAUUUCUUCUUGGCUUCGGUUUGAGUGAAAUUCCUAAGAAUGUUUGGAGAAAUGCUGACUGGACCACCCGCCAAAAAGUUCUUUCCCACAAAAUUGCUAAAAUGGCUGUUGAACUUGAUGAUGCUCAUCAAGAACUCUCAAAUGCUGUUGUUGUUGCUCGAGCCACUUCGAAUCAGAUGUCUAGGCGCGAUCCUCUAAGACGUUACAUGGAUGUAAUUGAUGACAUGCUAACUCAAAUGUUUAGGGAAGAUCCAUCCUUCACGCCACAAGGUGGCCGAUUAGGGGGAAGGGAUAUGGAUUAUGAUACUGAUGAGAAGUCAAUGGCAACAUUAAGACGUCAUCUUCGGGGGGCUAUUGAGGAGUACUACAGAUAUAAAAGUGAGUACAUGACUUAUGUACUAGAAGCCCUUGAAUUGGAAGACACGACUAAGAGUUAUGAACGCCGCCAUAUAAUUGGAUGGAAAUAUAUGUCAAGCAUCAGACCUGUUCGGACUGGCAACUUAGGGUCUUUAUUUGACACUUUAGAAUUUUUCUGGCGAUGCAUUUUGAGAAUACAAGUUGAAAAAGGGUUGGCCAUUAUACUUGGUAUCAUGUCUGUUGCAAUUCUUCUAGCAGAGGCAACUCUUCUACCUAGUGUCGAUCUAUCUCUUUUCUCAAUUCUCAUAAAAUCUGUUGGAUCACAGGAGAUGCUUGUGCAGGCUUUUGCUUUUGUUCCACUCAUGUACAUGUGCAUUUGCACAUACUUCUCCCUGUUCAAAAUUGGAAGGCUGGUGUUUUACUCAUUGACACCCAGGCAGACCAGCCCAGUUAACCUGCUUAUGAUAUGCUCUAUGAUUGCUCGUUAUGCUCCCCCUGUAUCAUACAACUUUCUCAAUCUAAUUCGCCUAGGAUCUGAUAAAACAACUAUAUUUGAACAGCGAAUGGGGAACAUUGAUAAUGCUGUCCCUUUCUUUGGAGAUAAAUUUAACAAAAUCUUUCCACUUAUAAUGGUUAUAUACACCCUUUUGGUUGCAAGCAACUUUUUUGACAGGGUAUUUGAUUUUCUGGGUAGUUGGAAGAGAUAUAUUUUCAAAACUGAAGCUGAAGAUUUGGAUGGUUUCAAUCCGUCAGGGUUAAUUAUCUUGCAGAAAGAACGGUAUUGGCUUGAACAAGGUCGUAAAGUAGGCGAGCAAGUUGUUCCACUUGCGAGGAAUUUUAAUAGCAUUGUUGUUGAACCAAGCAACAACAUUAUGGAGGAGAAUGGUGUUGAAAUGAAUGGAACUUCCACUUUAACUAAUGCCGAUAUUAAUGGGCGUCUGUUCAAAACUUCGAAGGAAGAGACAAAGAGAUAUAGUUCGAGCAGAGACGCGAUCAGCAGCAAGUAUGCUGCUGUCAGACAGCAGAGUGGACUAGCAUCUAAAUUGAAUGUAGAAGAGAGAAACUUAGAUUCUGCUAAGGUUUCCUUGCUCGAUAAAGCCAAUACCCAUUAUGGUAAUACAUCUGGAACUUCUGGUUUUGUUUCGACAUGGCAAACAUUAAAAAAAGGCUUUACGAGUUUCAAGGCCGACGUCGGUGGCGUCAAAGGUUUUCUACCCAUACGUCAAACACAGCAAGAUAGGAUCUCUAGUGUUUCCUCAUCUGAAUCCCUUGAUGAUAUAUUUCAAAGACUGAAACAGCCUUCAAUGGACCAAGCCUCUUACAAUGGCAGUUCUUCUAGAUGA